AAUGCGGAUUGCCCUGUGAGUUUUGGAGUGAAACUGCAUCCUCUGGGCAGCGUCUGGGAGCAAUGUCUCCCCCUUUCCAUUUCUCAUCCCGGGAGGGAGAGACUGUUCACUUAUUGCAACUGGACUGAAUCCAAGGGAGGGAGCAUUCUCUGCAGAGCUUGGUUCAGGUCUCUGUCUCUCUUAAAGGACUGGAACACCGUUGGGCUGUUGAAUCCAGGAGAAGUAUUCGUCUGUUCCAUGGACUCCAUGAAUCCUUGCAUUAGUGGGAAGGGUGAGGAGGAGGGAUUACUGAUCCCACAUCAACAUAUUCACAUGGGGGAGAGGCCGUUCACCUGCUCCGAGUGCGGCAAGGGCUUCCUUCAGUCAUCUGAUCUCUGGAAUCACCAACGGGUCCACACGGGGGAGAGACCGUUCACCUGCUCCGAGUGCGGGAAAGGGUACACUCGGUCAUCCUACCUGCGGAAUCACCAGCGGGUCCACACCGGGGAGAGGCCAUUCACCUGUUCCGAGUGCGGGAAGGGCUUCAAUCAUUCGUCCCACCUCUGGGAUCACCAGCGGGUCCACACCGGCGAGAGGCCGUUCACCUGCUCCGAGUGCGGGAAGAGCUUCAUCCAAGCAUCCCACCUGCUGACCCACAAGCGGGUCCACACUGGGGAGCGGCCGUUCACCUGCUCAGUGUGCGGGAAGGGAUUCCUUCAGUCAUGCCACCUUGUGAUUCAUCGGCGCAGUCACACGGGGGAGAGGCCGUUCACCUGUUCCGUGUGCGGGAAGCGGUUCCCUCACUCGUCUGCCCUGCUGACCCACCAGCGGGUUCACACCAGGGAGAGGCCGUUCGCCUGCUCCACCUGCGGGAAGGGCUUCACCCAUUCGUCCGCCCUGCUGACCCACCAGCGGGUCCACACCGGGGAGAGGCCGUUCGCCUGCUCGGUGUGCGGGAAGGGAUUCUCUCAGUCGUCCAACCUGCUGUCACACCGACGGGUUCACACCCGUGAGAGGCCGUUCCCGUGCUCCGUGUGCGGCAAGGAGUUCAGUCAGUCUUCACACCUGCUGUCGCACCGGCGGGUCCACACGGGGGAGAGGCCGUACUCCUGCUCCGAGUGCGGGAAGGGAUUCACCGACUCGUCCACGCUGCAGAAGCACCGCCGGGUCCACACCGGGGAGCGUUCUUUCACCUGCUCCGUGUGCGGGAAGGGCUUCAAUCAGUCAUGCAACCUACUGAGACACCAGACGGUUCACACCGGGGAGAGGCUGUUCACCUGCCCUGUCUGCGGGAAGGGAUUCACUCAGUCCUCCACCCUGCUGAGACACAAAGGCAGUCACACUAAGUAGAGGCUUUUAAUGCCCUGACUGCGCGGCUGCCAACUGUGUCCACUGAGCUUAAGUGUAUGCAAGUGGAGGGUGCUGCUGCUGGGAGGGUCAGUGCAGUACAUGCUUGCUGACAGGGAGUGGAGUCAGGAGGCACAUGCCUGUCGUGUUGGGCCCCGUGAAUAAACUCAGACCACGUCAAGACUGGCUCCAGUUUGGCUGUCAACAUGCCAAGUGGGGAACGGGAACGUGUUCAUCUAAUGUCGAAGGUUGCAAAGAAAGGAGAACAACCUUACUUCUGACAGAGCCUUACUUCGGUAUGAAAUGGCUUUUGUGAGAAAUGAUCGAACGUACUUGGAAAUUAUCGAGGUCUGAGCCCACACAUCCAAGGUGGAGGGGGAACGUGGGCACCGAUUCCGUCCCUACCAAGGGGGAAACAAGUUGCCUGCAAGCACUGACAUGUGCAAGCUGAUUAUACAACUACUGGACACGCACAUGUCAAUGUAAAGUUUUGAUCAUCUGUUAACUGGACAUGGUGGUCAGCCAUUGAUGGGGAGUUGGAAAACUACACAGGAACAGGCUGUUUUACAAAAAGCAGGACUUUGUGUGGGAGCAGGCCGUUUUACAGCAACACCUGGACUUGUUUGUGACCACCAAGCGCAGAGAAAGGCUCGGGAAAAGUACUCGAGGUAAUUCAGCUUCUAACAACAAAUCUGGUACACUAUUCAUUUCGGGGACUUUUUCCAGUUGUUAGACUUUAUCGUCAGACUGAGUUCACAACCGGUGCUGUGGAAAGUGAGAUUGAGCUUCAUUGAGCCAGCCAUUGCUGACAUGUCCCCAGUGAACAAAAGGACAUGGCACUCACUUGUUUGAUUCUAUCUAAGUAGUUUAAGCUAAUAAAUCUAUUUAAAUAUAUUUAAAAUAGUGUAAGCGAAUACUUAGUUCUAACGUGCAAGUAAUUUAAGCUAAUAAACUUGCAUUAUAUUGAA